AUGUCUGAUGAAUUGGUCGAGAAAUUCAAGCGAAUUGGCUUUCCUGAAAAACAGGCCAAAGAUACCGCUGGAAACAAGAAGAUUGCUCCGUUACUAGACACUAUCAUCACCGAAGUUGGAGGUGUGGAUGUCGUCGACAAGGCUCUAGGAAACUUGCUGUAUGCACUAGCAGCAAACAUCUCCCCGAAAGCUAUGCCACAUCUAUCGUAUCUAGUGGCUGCCAUCAAGGAUCGAAGGCUAUUGACUAAUGAUCAAAUAUCAGCUGCUAUCAAGUUCUGCGAAAGUGUAAAUGGUACUCCUGAUAUCGCCAAGUUCGACACAGCAUGCGGUGUUGGCGUCGUGGUUACUCCCGACCAGAUUCAGGACACAGUCAAGGCUCUGUUAGCGUCAAGACGUAAAGAGCUAGAAAAGGAUCGAUACACCAUGCUGCCAAAGUUUCUCGGUGAUUUGAGAACGUCGUUGAGAUGGGCCAAACCAUUGGAAGUCAAGGAAGAGCUAGAAAACCAAAUGUUGGCUGCUUUGGGUCCCAAGGAUGAACGCGAUGAUCCAAAAAAGAAAAAGGAAGACAAGAAGAAGGAAGCUGUCUCAGCUGUAAAAUCGCCUGUAGAAGCAAGUUCAGCAGCACCAGCCUCAACAAAUGUCUUUGGUCGAAUAGCUGAAAUGGCCAAGAGCUAUGACUUUAUACAUAGUGGACAGCUCACCCAACUACACAAGGCUGGUGAAAACCCUCAAAUAAAGCCAGAAUUGAUGGUUGAGCAUUUAAAACGUACAGGUGGUAAAGUCAUGACUCGAUUCCCACCAGAACCUAAUGGAUUUUUACAUAUUGGACAUGCUAAAGCAAUCAAUGUCAAUUUCUGUUAUGCACAAGCAUUCAAUGGAAACUGCUAUCUGAGAUACGAUGAUACAAAUCCAGAAGCAGAAGAAGACAAGUACUUUGUCGCCAUCUUGGAUACUAUACGAUGGUUGGGCUUUGAGCCAUGGAAGAUAACCUAUGCUUCUGAUCACUUCCAGAAGCUGUAUGAUUUAGCUGUUGAUUUGAUUAGACGAGACAAGGCCUAUAUAUGCCAUUGUACAGCUGAAGAAAUGCAUUCUAUGAGAGGAGGUGAUAGUAAAGGCCCACGAGUAGAAUGUAGCCAUAGAAGUCGACCUAUCGCUGAAUCCAUAGCCGAGUUUGAAAAGAUGAAACAAGGUCGAUAUGCAGAAGGUGAAGCUACGCUACGAAUGAAGAUGGAUAUGAGUAAUCCAAACCCUCAGUUUUGGGAUUUGGUAGCUUAUAGAGUCAUGUAUACAUCUCAUGUGCGUACAGGAGACGCAUGGUGUAUAUACCCAACAUAUGAUUAUACCCAUUGUCUCAACGACUCGUUUGAAGACAUUACCCACUCAUUAUGUACCGUCGAAUUCCGAAUGUCGAGAGAAUCGUAUUAUUGGCUAGUAGAUGCUCUCGAACUAUAUAAACCUGUACAGUGGGAAUACGCCCGUCUCAAUCUGUCUUAUGCCAUUACAUCGAAACGUAGGCUCAAUCAACUCGUAACAGGUGGAUUUGUCAUGGGAUGGGACGAUCCACGAUUAUAUACUAUCGCAGGUGUACGUCGACGAGGUUUCACACCGGAAGCCAUCAAUGCCUUUGUACGUGAUGGAGGAGUUACCACGAAUCUGUCCAUGAUUCCUGUCGAACGAUUGGAGAACUUUGUACGAGACCAUCUAAACGAUGUAGCUCCUCGUCUCAUGGCCUGUCUGGACCCACUGAAGAUAACGAUAUCGAAUCUACCAGCCGAUUAUCUGGAAAUGCUGACGGUGAAAAAGAAUCCUCGCGACGAAUCAAUGGGAGAACGAACCAUUCCGUUUACUCGUACCGUAUACAUAGAUAGGUCUGAUUUCCGUGAAGUAGACGAUGAUCCAAACUUUUACCGUCUGGCUAUUGGUAAAACAAUUGGGUUGUUGAAUGUGCCAUGUCCCAUCACAGCUACAAGUGUAGUAAAGGAUGCCACAACAGGACAAGUCACUGAAGUCUUAGUCAGAUACGAACCUCCAGAAACCAAAAAGCCCAAAACAUACAUCCAAUGGAUUGCCGACUCACCCAAACAUAAUUCACCUGUACGUAUAGAAGCCCGUAUCCUAUCCCAUCUCUUUUAUCACAGUGAUCCAUCCGACAAUGAAGCUGGAUGGCUGAAUGAUAUCAAUCCAGACUCGCUUGUCAUCAAAACAGAUGCUAUGGUCGAUAUCGGUAUAUUGGGAUGCAAGAAUGAAGAUAAAUUCCAAUUCUUACGUGUUGGAUACUUUUGUGUUGAUCCUGAUUCAACACCGGAACGGAUUGUAGUUAAUAGAACCGUUACGCUUAAGGAGGAUGCCAAGAAGGAUGGUGGUGUGAAGUCAAAGUAG